GACAUUGACAGAUAAUUUCCUUAAAAAAAGAAGUUCGUCGUUUCUGGUUUUAUCGUAUUUCAUUUCCUCCAAGAUUCUAUCGUGUUUACUGAAUCGUGUUGUGAAAAGUGUAAUUAUCCUCUUGUGAUUUAUAAAAACUGAAUACAAUGUUUCGCUACUUUGCUGCUCUGAUAUUAGUGACGUUUUAUUCGAAGAGUUCGGGUGCACCUGCAAAUGGAACCGAUCUUUCUACUUUGCUAAGCAAGCUUGCAAGCACCUGUGAGAACCAAUUUAUUUCCACACAAAUCACCAGUAAACUAAAGGAAUGCCAUGUAAAUGUUCCUCCGUAUGACGAGAAAAAAAUUCAAUGUAUGUUGUUCUAUGACAUAAACAAACAACUAUGUACUGCAGUGGGAGCAUCAAAAUUGGCUCUCACCGAAGAUUUUUCCCCUAAAAUAAAGAAGGAACAAGACGUCUCCAAACUCUGUAUUGGUGCCAAAGAUUGGCAAUUCACUGAUUUGGGGGAGGUGUACAAAAAAUAUGUCAAUCUUGUGUUCACUAAUCCAAUAAUGUGUGCUAGAGUGUGCAGUGUUGACAACAAUGACUUCAUGAAUGUGGAAUCUAAUUUCUAUUGCAAGUACUUUAAAUGGGGUGCGGAGACAUUAAAGUUACAGGUAAUCGCUGCUCCUACUCAGUCUGGUUCUGCUGCUGCAGAACUUCUGCCUACUGGAACAGAUGUAAUUAAACAGCCUGAAGUAGUACCUGAGGUUCCUCAUGCACAAAGCGGCCCAGAUGUUUCUGCUAAAGAUUCAGCUGUUCCUAAACCCAAACCGGAAAACUCAGCGGAUAUUGAUGUCAAACCAGAAGGUGUUAUUGAUGUGAAACCAGAAGCUGUUAUUGAUGUCAAACCAGAUGCUGCUGACAGUGCUGUGACUUCAAAAAAAGCAAAUCCUGAAGCCACUGCUAAUGCAGAAACAAAUCCAGAAUUGCCUAUUGCGGAACAUCCCUUGAAUAACUUAGUCCCAGCUCCUACUGCCAACCCUGAAAAACCAGCAGCUAGCCAUAUCCAUAAUACUGCUGGUGAUGCUAACAGUGCAGCAUCAGUGGAUGGCACCCAAAAUAACCCAAUAGGCCACCUGGGAACCGAACCUGGGAACAAGCCAGAACGCACCAGUGUAUCUAAAGAUGAUACUGCUGCCGUUCCUAAGAAACAGGAAGGUGAAGUGGCUCCCAAUGGCUCGCUUAACAGUCAACUCGGUAAACCAAAUGCAAAUGAGGCGGACCCUGAUGACUACCAAAAUGAAUUAGAUUCAGAAGAAGUUAGAAAUGGAAUAUCAGAUAAUCAAGGCGGUGACGAUGGUGAUGAUCAAUCUUUAGGAGAGGCGGACCUAAAGCCAGACCCAAAAGCUAACAAGAAUAUGGAUUCAUCCAUCUCACAGUUUAAUGUGAAUGAUAUGUCUCAAAAAGAAUAUUACCCCAGUGAUGCGUUCCCAGAGGAUGAUGACCAUUUCUUCUCAUUCUUCUUGACUGCCAUCAUCAUGGUAGUGCUGCUCUACAUUCUCUACCACAACAAGAGCAAAGUAAGCAAAGUGAUCAUGGGUCUAAUAGUGGAGGGCAGACAGCCAGGUCGCCGCCGCAACAGCCGUGGUCACGCGUACAAACGCCUGGACACCUUAGAGCAAGCUAUGAGCGCUAACAGUGCCACCCCUCCCAGCAAAAUCAUCUACUGAACUACGGUAGUAGGCAAACAUCGAACGACGUACCUCUAGUCGGAGAUUAAAACUAACGUUUCUCAUCAAGUUGUAAAGAACAAAUUAUUUAAUUAAUACUGCAAAAUAAAAUAGCCCGUCCGCAUUCCACGCAGAGUUGUAGAGAGGAGAACCGACUUAAAACACCUACACCUCGGGUACUCUUGUCGUAUAAACCUCUACAAAAUAGUUGUAUAAUCACAUUUAUCAGCCUCCUCAGUAUUCACAUGUCUGAUGACUGAUAAGCUGUCACAAUUUGGGUGAAUAUUUUUUUGAGGUUACGAUCUUGGACCCAGACAAAAGUUUUUGUAUUAAAACACCAGAAUCCACCAGAAAAUAAGAAAUCUGGAAUAAUUAUUGUAA